CUCAUAAUGUACUAUAUGUGGAAUAUCCUUAAGAACUAAGGGCAAUAUGAUGCAACAUACAUUAGUUUACACAAAGAGCAAGUUCACAAGUGCAAUGCAUGGGGAACCUCCUUCAAAAUUAAGAACAAUAUGAAGAGUCAUACAUUAGUUCACACAGAAGAGCGUCCUCAUGAGUGUACUAUAUGUGGAACUUCGUUCAAAACUAAGGAAAUUAUGAAAGGUCAUAAAUUUGUUCACACCAGAAAGCGACAUCAUAAGUGCACUAUAUGUGGAAAAUCAUUCAAAACCGUAAACAAUAUGAAGCACCAUGUAUUAGGUCUCACAGAAGAGCGACCUCAUAAUUGCAUAAUAUGUGGAAAAUCUUUCAAAACUAAGAAUUGUAUUAAGAGUCAUACAUUAGAUCACACCGGAGAGCUACCUCAUAAGUGUACUAUAUGUGGAAAGUCCUUCAAAAGAAAGAAGAGGAUAUAGAUUUGAAGAAGAGAAGGAACCUUAAUUCAUGUUACAAGAAAGAUAAUUGACAUAAUCUGAUAUACUACUUUAAACAACAGCUAAAAAGAUUAAGUCUUUACUACACUUAAAGUAGAAAUGAAAGUAAGUCAUCCACUACAUAAAACCUCAAUUUAAAUUAUAGACCUACAUGACUAUUUAUGUUGCUAAUACAAUAUUAUUUGAAGAAAAAAAGGAACCUAGAAGCAACUUUUUCUUUUAAAUAAGUAGGCUAAUUUAAUAUAAUGAAACAUAAAAGCCAAGAAAGAAAAUCAAAUUGCCUCGAUUAGGCUAUGUUGUAAGCCAUUUAAUACACAUAACAAUAUUUGAUCAAAAGGUGUUUUAAAGUUGAUUGAUACAUAUGUAAAUAACAAAUAACUGUCAAACAUUUAACAAAUCAAACAGAAAUAGACAUACAAAGCAAAUCUACUAAUUCCAAUGUCUAAAAAGUUAGAAGUCAGAAAUUAAAGACUGAAACAUGGUAAAGAUCACUAAAAAGCCUUUGCUUGAGUGUCCAAUAUGUAGAAAAACGUUUUCAACUACAUUUACAAUGAAAAGUCACAUAUAUUUACACACCAGCGAGCGUCCCUUUAGAUGUUUGACAUGUGAGAAAACAUUUGUUCAACUACAUCAUAUAAAGAAUCAUUUAUUGGCACAUUCUGAGAAAUAUCCUUAUAAUUGCACUAUAUGUGGAAAACCCUUCAAAACUAAGAAAAAUAUGAAGAUUCAUUCAUUAGAUCACACAGGAGAGCGACCUCAUAAGUGUACUAUAUGUGGAAAAUCCUUCAAAACCACUGCUAAAAUGAAAAUUCAUACAUUAGAUCACACAGGAGAGCGACCUCAUAAGUGUACUAUUUGUGGAAAAUCCUUCAAAACUAAGGAACAUAUGAAGCAACAUACAUUAGUUCACAAAGAAGAGCAACCGUACAAGUGCACUAUAUGUGAAAAAUCUUUCAAAACCACUGCUAAAAUGAAAAUUCAUACAUUAGAACACACAGGAGAGCGACCUCAUAAGUGUACUAUUUGUGGAAAAUCCUUCAAAACUAAGGACUAUUUGAAGAAACAUACAUUAGUUCACAAAGAAGAGCAACCGUACAAGUGCACUAUAUGUGAAAAAUCUUUCAAAACCACUGCUAAAAUGAAAAUUCAUACAUUAUACCACACCAGAGAGCGACAUCAUAAGUGCACUACAUGUGGAAAAUCCUUUAAAACUAAGUCCGAUAUGAUGAAACAUACAUUAAUUCACAAAGAAGAGCAACCUCAUAAGUGCACUAUAUGUGGAAAAUCCUUCAAAACUAAGGACUAUUUGAAGAAACAUACAUUAGUUCACACAGACGAGCGACCUCAUAAGUGCACUAUAUGUGGAAAAUCCUUCAAGACCAUUACUAAGUUGAAGUUACAUACAUUGGUUCACACGGGAGAGCGACCUCAUCAGUGUAAUGUAUGUGGAAGAUCAUUCCAAACAAGUGGUAAUGUAAAGAGGCAUAAAUUAGUACACACCGUUGAGUGAUCUCAUAAUGUACUUUGAAAAUGUUCAAGAGCUAAGGACAAUAUGAAUCAACAUUUAUUAGUUCACACAGAAGAGCGACCUCAUAAGUGCACUAUAUGUGGAACAUCCUCCAAAACUAAGGAACAUAUAAAGAGUCAUACAUCAAUUCACACAGAGAAGUGACCUCAUAAGUGUACUUUAUGUGAUAAAUCUUAAUAAAUAAGGACAAUAUGUAGAUUUAUACAUUGGUACACACUGGAGAGCGAACUAUUUACUAAACAUAGUAUGAUUUGAUUUGAUUUGAUUUGAUUAUGCUACACUUGUCAGAUAUCCUUUACAUUUAGAAAAUAUCAAAUGUGGCGUUGAUUUUCAUUUAUGCAGGUUUCAAUUAUUUCUUAAACUCUUCCAUUACAGUUCCACCAUUUCACGGCCAACAAAAAUUGGUCCACUACUUCCUGGUUAAUGGCAUCCUUUAUAAGAUCCAUUAUAGGUUAGGGUUUAUAAAAGUGAACAAAUUAACAAAAAAAUUCUCACACACACAAAUUUCGUGAUAUUGGGGCAAUAGAAUAUCACGGAAAGGCAAAAUAACCCUUCCUAGGAACCUAAUACAUGGCUUUUGAAUCCCGAGUAGGAUCUAUAUGGUCUAUAUUAUUUUACCUCAAGUUGUUAACCUAGCUACUUUAGAAUUGUAUUUUGGCUGGAAACUAUAUCAUGAUGUCUAAUAUAUGAAUGGGAACUAAAAAUAAACGGUAUCAACAAUCUGACACAUACUCUAGUAGGUUUAUUGUUAGUGGAAUGUAUUGUAAAUAAGAUACAACAUGGGUUUCCGCAUCCUUGAAAGGUUAGAAUUAUACGUUGAAAGUACAUCAUUGAUUAUACAGGGUGUAUGUAAAGUCCCGCACCAGCUUAAUAUUUUCUAAAAGAACAGAUAAAUCAAUAAGAUUUGGUACAUCAACACCAUACCUAAAAAUCUAAUUUUUUAAGGAACUAUCAAUUUUCCGUCAUAUCAUGGAGACGUCCCACAAGGAGACAGAAGGAAAUUUUAAAAAGAAGCAUAUGUAGAUCGAAUUAAAGACCUUUUCUAGCAGAAUAUAAUGCCGCAAAUUUGAACUCAAACAGACAACAGAGUAAAAAAAUGACAGCAGUUCAAAUAUGCAUUGAAUUUACAAUCAGGCCUAUACCUCCGCAGGGGGGCAGCCGCUAGGAAUCGGAAGAAAAGCGUAAAAGGUAAGCAUGGGUCGAUAUGGACACCAAAUUAAAGGUAAAUUACAAUUCCGUAAAUUCAAACCAAAAGAACAACUGCGUAAAAAAUGGCGGUUGUUAAAAUAUUCAAAACGGCAGAUUCAAGAAAUCUUUGAACGGCUGGUAUUUUUUACUCAGUUAUCCGUUUGGGUUCAAAUUUGCAGUAUUAUAUUCUGCUAGUAAAGGUCUUUAAUGUGAUGUACAUAUUAAUUUACGCUUCUAUUUAAGAUUUCCUUCUGACUCCUUGCGAGACGUCCCCAUAAUGAUAUGACAGACCUGAAUAUGAAUAGUGAUAUGAAUAGUCCUUAAAAAAAGAGUUUUAGGUGCUGUUGAUGUCCGAAAUCUUAUUGAUUUAUCUGUUGUCGUUUAGAAAAUAUUAAGCCGGUACGGGAAUUGUAUAUUAAUUCCCGUACCGGCUUAAUAUUUUCCAUGUAUGCCACAAAAGGUUUAAAAUUAAGUUUCCAGGUGUUAAGCUCUUCGAGGUUGUGUUGGUUAGUCUAUACCUAUGCAUUAUAAAUGUUUUUGAAAAGGAUGUCCCUGUUCUUGUUAGUCUUCUUCCUGCCCUUUGUUAUCUCCAUUGUUUCACACCAUACAUACGUGUUUGUUUAGUUUUAUAUUCAAAAAUGAAAUAAAAACUUUAGGCUGCAACA